AUGGAAGACGAGGUUGCCGCUCUCGUUAUUGACAAUGGUUCCGGAAUGUGCAAGGCUGGCUUUGCCGGUGAUGACGCCCCUCGCGCUGUCUUCCCGUCUAUUGUCGGCAGGCCGCGUCACCAGGGAGUCAUGGUGGGCAUGGGUCAGAAGGAUUCCUAUGUCGGUGACGAGGCUCAAUCGAAGCGUGGUAUUCUUACCUUGAAAUCUGGCACGUUGCCAUUCAGGCGGUCCUGUUCUGUACGCGUUGGUCGUACCACCGGUAUCGUUCUCGAUUCUGGUGAUGGUGUCACCCAUACUGUCCCCAUCUACGAGGGUUUCGCGCUCCCGCACGCCAUCCUCCGUCUCGAUCUUGCAGGUCGUGAUUUGACCGACUAUUUGAUCAAGAUCCUCAUGGAACGCGGCUACCCAUUCACUACAACUGCCGAGCGCGAAAUCGUCCGUGACAUCAAGGAGAAGCUUUGCUAUGUUGCCCUCGACUUUGACAACGAAAUGCAAACCGCAGCUCAAAGCUCUGCACUUGAGAAGAGCUAUGAGCUUCCUGAUGGUCAGGUCAUUACCAUCGGCAAUGAACGUUUCCGUGCUCCCGAAGCUCUUUUCCAACCCUCGUUCCUCGGUCAAGAGUCUGCCGGUAUUCAUGAGACUACCUACAACUCCAUCUUCAAGUGCGAUCUCGAUAUCCGUCGCGACUUAUACGGAAACGUUGUGCUUUCUGGUGGUACUACUAUGUACCCUGGUAUUGCGGAUCGUAUGCAGAAGGAAUUGACCUCGCUCUCCCCUUCGAGUAUGAAGGUCAAGAUUGUCGCACCUCCAGAACGCAAGUACUCGGUCUGGAUUGGUGGCUCCAUUCUUGCUUCUCUCUCCACCUUCCAGAACCUCUGGUGCUCGAAGCAGGAAUACGACGAGUCUGGCCCCGGCAUUGUUCACCGCAAGUGCUUCUAA